GAAACGAUCUUCUUCUGCAAUGAACACUUGAGGGAACAUUCUGAUUGAUUUUUAUCAUUAAUGAAGUUAAUCCCGCCUCCUCAUUAAAAUAAUAAACGAUCAUUAUUUUUUUUGCCUCCUCGGCGAUCAGAUGAUUAAUAACAAUGUGAUAAAUUGCAUUUAAUUUUUUUUUUAAUUUUUUUUCAUUGCAGAUUGUAAAAAAAGUCACCUCUCUACCGUUUAUGACAUGAAAUUAUUGUUAUUACCGAUCAUCAUCAUCAUCACAAUAUAAUAAUUAAGUAAAUAAACAAACACUUUAAACUAAGUCAAGUGACGUUUAAGUGCAGUAAUAAAUAAAAGAAAUGACUGUUUAAUGCAAAGUGUGGCAUGUCAAGUACUUAUUUCAAGAGCGAACACGCACGAAAAAUUAACUUAUCGAAUUUAAGGCGAUAAUUUCUCAAUUAAGAUGAAAGACGUCGAGUUUCAGGAUGUGGUUUAUCGAGUAUCACACAAAAGUUCCUUAUUUGGUGAACCUCGGAUACGAACUUUGCUCAAAAGUGUCAGCGGAACGUUUCGUCAUGGCGAACUUUCGGCAAUUAUGGGUCCCUCGGGUGCUGGAAAAAGUACGUUGCUCAACGCUUUGAGUGGCUUCAAAGGCGACGGAGUGCAAGGCACGAUUCAAGUGAACCGCAAAACGGCUUGUUACAUCACGCAAGAGGAUUUGCAUCAGCCACUCGUGACGGUAGAGGAAAUGAUGAAAGUUGCCUGUAAGCUGAAACUCAAGCCGGGUGCCGAUCACAAAACAGUUAUUAACGAAGUAUUAACGAAUUUGCAUCUGGAUCAUCGGAGAAAUGUGACGGCGGAUCGUUUAAGUGGCGGCGAAAGGAAGAGACUUUCGGUUGCGUUGGAAUUAGUUUCAAAUCCGGGGAUAUUUUUCCUUGAUGAACCAACGAGCGGAUUGGAUGAAGUAACGGCAGCGCAAUGUAUCAGGCAGUUAAGGGAGUUGGCGAAACAAGACAGAACUGUCGUUUGUACGAUUCAUCAACCGUCGGCGGCGAUUUUUGCACUUUUUGAUCACAUUUACAUCAUUGCGCAAGGGCAAUGUGUGUAUCAGGGAGCUCCGAAGGCGUUGGUGCCAUUUUUAGCGCAUGUUAAUAUUAAUUGUCCUCGACAUUAUAAUCCAGCGGAUUUUAUCAUCGAAUUAUGUGAUAGCGAAGAGAAUGAAAAAAUCAUUCCAACAUUUUCGGAAAUCUUUCAAAAUGGCAAGCUAAUAUGCACAAUUCCGCAAACGAUUAACAAUUUGGAGCAGCAGCAAUACCGAAUCAAGCCCGCCCUCACGCACAUGGUUAUGGAAAAGCAAAAAUCCAAAGAAGGCGCUUUAGUACAAAAAAUGAAACAAAUUACGAAAUUCCUGAAAAAUGAUUCCGCGACAUCGGGCAUCAAGCAAUUCCUCAUUCUGUUCAAUCUCAUGAUGCUCAAGACAUUCCGCAACAAGACUGCUUUAGUGAUCCAGUUGAUACAUCAUUUGCUGUGUGGCUUGUUUAUCGGCGUAAUUUUCUUCCAGCUUGCCGACGAGGGCGAACGAAUGUUCGAUCAUCUGAAAUUUUGCAUGGGCGUCGUCUUUUUUACGGUUUAUACGCAAAUUAUGACACCGAUAUUGAGUUAUCCAGCAGAGAUAAAAAUCGUUAAAAAGGAGUGUUUUAACCGAUGGUAUGGCUUGGUCCCGUAUUAUUUGGCACUUACUUUCUCCCGAAUUCCAUUGCAAGUCACGUUAAAUGUCAUUUUCUCGUCUCUCGUGUAUUGGCUCGCGGGAUUGCCGGCAGAAUUUUGGCGAUUUGUGUGUUUCGCCUGUAUUGGAGUCAUCGUUUGCUUCGUCGCCGAUGGUUUGGGACUUCUCAUUGGAGCAACUUUUAACGUCACGAACGGAUGCGCUAUUGGUCCAAUGUGCAUGGCUCCUUUUUUGGGUCUGGCGGUUUAUGGAUUCGAUUUUGCCGAUAAAAUUCCCUUUUACAUGGAUAUUCUGAUGCGUUUGAGUUUCGUACGAGGCGGCGUCGUGUCGUUAGCACUCACAGUCUUCGGUUAUGGACGAAAGCAACUUGCCUGCAAAGAUAUUUAUUGUCACUUUGAUGAUCCGAAGGUGCUUUUGCGAUACUUGAGGAUCGAAAAUCGCUCAGUUUGGGGCGAAAUUGCCGUUUUAGUGGCAAUUUGUGUGCUUUUCCGCACGUUAUUGUACAUGAGUUUGCGACGACGAUGCUUGGCGUGAACUUUCUUGCCCAAAUCUUACCAGAAAAACAAAAAAAUCGGGGUGAUAUUUUUCUUUCGUUAGGUUUUAAGGAAAAUUUUACACAAACAUGACAAUAAAAUGCAUCGAAAUUGCUCAAAAAAUUUUGAAUUUAACAAUCAGUGAGUAUCAGUGACUUUCUUUUGAAUUAAAAAAUUAGAAAAAAAAAAUAAUUUAUCCAAUUAAUGAUAAGGAGUAGCUAAAUAUAUAUUUAAUUGAAACAUUCAU